AUGGCCCCCGGGUACUCGCACCACCCGCCCGCCGCGUCCCAGGGCCACCGUUCGCACUCUCCGUCCGCCAACAACGCAUCCGUGCCCGAGGGCGCGGUGCCGCCAGCCAGGUCUCCCUUUGGCCUCGCUCACAACGGCAUCAUGGCCGGCAACUCGCGGUCCGGGGCCGGCUCUCCGUCGCAUGACAUGGCCGGCUCCGGAAGGCUUUUUUCCAAACGAGCCAGGGAAAUUCAAGCUCAGGAAGGCAUCCCAGGUCUUCCUUUGAACCCUUGGGGUGGCCCGCCGACAAGCGGUAACUCGACCCCUCUCCGUGAGAACAUCCCCGAGUCUCCAACCGACGGCUUUCCCGACUUCGGCCAGCUCCCCACGCCCGACACCCUUCCUCAGACGCGCCGAGCCCGAGCUGGCACAGUUCCGUCCAGAUUCCCCCCUGGCUUGGGAACCGCCAACCCUCUGCUGAACAUUCCGGGUUUCGCAGCAAAGUCUGCACGAGCCACGCCGUCGCAGAGCCCCUUCAAGUCACCCUCGCCCAACCUCGACCACCCCGACAACACUCAAGGUGGCGGCUCGGCCCUGCUCUCCCGCCUGCGAGCGGGAUCUAUGCCGCAGCGCAGCCCCUUCUCUGCAGUCCCCGGCACCAGCUCCCCCUUCGGCCCCUCCAUCUUCAGUAGCAGCUGGAAUCCGGCCGCCGUCGGCCGUGAACGGGGUUCCACUCUUGCAAGCAUCGCCAGUGUCGGUUCCAACGGCCCGAGCUCGCCGUCCCACUCCCAAUUCUCCAAGGAGGGCGGUGGUGAAUCAGACGUGCACAUGCGCACCCUCGACUAUCUUGGCCUGGCGGAGACGCCGCAGCCUCCGCGCGCUCAGCUGGCCACCCCCUACAUGGCCAACAAUUGGCAGCAAGCGAGCCGAUUCCGUUCCUAUUCGGUUAACAACAAGGACAAGUACGACAAGUAUGCCGGCGACGAUGAUGAGGAGGCGUACGAGGUCGAUGGUAUGGCCAUCGACCCCCGAUAUGCCGCACUGAUCCAGCAGGAGCUGGCUGCGACAAAUGCCGCCAUCCAUAACCACAACCUCGCUGUGCAAGCUUUCGCAAAUCAGGCUUCGGCCAAUCGACCCCGCGCUCGCACCACUGGUGUCCUGGACGCUCCCGCGGACCACCUGCGAGUGUACAUGGGCGCCAACGCAGCCGCCCCAAGUGCGCUGGGGACGGCUGAGAUCCGUAUGCCUGAGGAAAAGGAGUACGACGACCUGCCCCAGGCGAUUGCUAACAUGAGCUUGGGGAGGUCGAACAGCCGCAACAAUGGCCUGCUGAGCGCCGACGAGCAGGGCCUCGAGGGUCCCACCAGCGCUCUUUGGCUCGGCGGUGUGCCGACCUCGACCACCACGACGACUCUGGUGGAGAUGUUCAAGGUCCAUGGCCCAAUCUCGUCUGCUCGAGUCUUGACGCACAAGAGCUGUGGCUUUGUCAACUUCGAGAGAGUAGACAGCGCCAUAUCCGCCAAGGCAAGCAUGAAUGGUAAGGAGAUCUUCCCUGGGUCCGGGCCCAUCCGGGUCAACUUUGCGAAGCCACCGUCAGCAUCCAAUACGCCCGGACAUGACGGCGCCUACCCGUCCCCGAGUCCCGACCCGCAUUCCAGGGGUCAGGAGUCGACCCAGGCGGCUACCAGCUCCAACGCAGAGGCCGCGCGUAGUCUGGGAGCGAGCACUCCAACCGUUCCCCCUCUCCGCGACAUGACGGCCGAUAUUGUCGACAUCGUCGGGCAGUUCGGAGCAUCCGAGGACGACAAGGCACACAUUGCAGGCAACGUCCAGGCAGCCAUUCAGUACGAUGCAUACGCCGAGGAGAUACCUCCGAUCCGCGAACCAACUCACACCAGGGUUCACGACGCGCCCAAGCUGAGGGACAUUCGCAAGCGCAUCGACAACCAGCUCAUGUCCCAAGCCGACAUCGAGAACGUCGCCAUGGAGAUGCUGCCGGAGAUCGCGGAGCUCUCUUCGGACUACCUGGGCAACACCGUGGUGCAGAAGCUCUUUGAGAAUUGCAGCGACCCUGUGCGGGAUGCCAUGCUUGCAGAAGUCGCUCCUCACAUCGCCGAGAUUGGCAUCCACAAGAACGGCACGUGGGCAGCCCAGAAGAUCAUCGACGUGUGCAAAACGCCGGAGCAGAUGUCCACCAUCGUCCAGCAUCUCCGCCCAUACACUGUGCCCUUGUUCCUCGACCAGUUCGGCAACUACGUCCUGCAAUGCUGCCUCAAGUUUGGCCCGCCGUACAGCGAGUUCGUCUUCGAGGCAAUGCUAAGCAGAAUGUGGGAGAUAUCUCAGGGUCGAUUUGGCGCCCGCGCCAUGCGGGCGUGUCUGGAGAGCCACCACGCCACCAAGAGUCAGCAGCGCAUGCUCGCGGCCGCCAUUGCGUUGCACAGCGUCCAGCUCGCGACCAACGCCAAUGGCGCCCUCCUGCUCACCUGGUUUCUCGACACCUGCACCUUCCCCCAGCGACGGACUGUCCUUUCGCCGCGGCUUGUGCCGUACCUGGUCCACUUGUGCACGCACAAGGUCGCGUAUCUUACGGUGCUAAAGGUCAUCAACCAGAAAGCUGAGCCUGAUGCUCGUGACACGAUCCUCAAGGCUCUGUUCUUUGCGCCCAAUGAUCAAGUCCUCGAGGCAAUCCUGAGCGACCACCAAUGCGGUGCCACCCUGAUCUUCAAGGUGCUGACGACGCCGUUCUUCGACGAAAGUAUCCGGCCGCAAGUCGUGGAGAAUGUGAAGAACGUGCUCGUCAAGAUCAAGGCCCAGCCCAACCAGGGCUAUAAGCGAGUGAUGGACGAAGUCGGCUUGUCCACCCGACCCUCUGGUCCGAGUCGCGAGUCGAGCUCGCAUACAGAGCCACGCCAGCGGCCGACCUCGCGGCAAAACAAUACCAACGGCCAUCACCCUCAGCAAGCCCACGCCAAUAAGUCCUUCUACAACCCGAGCCAUCCUCCAUCCAACCCUCCAGGCUUUGAGGGUGGCUAUGGCUUGCAAAGGAAUGACAGCGCCGAGGCCGGCAUGCCUGGGUUCCCGGCGUACAGUCAGGGCAUGAUGUACAAUGCGCCCACGGGGCCAGUGCCACCUGCGGUCAACCUCCAGCAGAUGCAGUACCAGCAGAACCUCAUGGCGAGACAGACGCCGCAACUGAACUACAGCUUUCCGCCCAUGCAGCCAGGUUACGGAGGGUAUGCUACCCCUGGCCCGGCCGUGGACCAGUUCCGCCAGCCUGCAAUGGCGAACGGCAGCCCGAUCCAGCCUUCGACUUCGCAAGUCCCGCAGAUGCCUGCCAACCAGGCCGCCUACGGGCCCCCUGGCUUUAGUGUACCCAUGGGCGGCGGCAACUAUCCGUACGCGAACAUGCCCGGCAUGCAGAACAUGGCAUAUAUGCAGCAUGAGCAGGGAAACGGUCGACGCGGCCGUAGGUGA